CUUUAUUGUUUAUUUAAGUGUGUGAUUUAAUUCGACUAACUAUUUUGUAAUAAAGUAUUUGACAAUAGCCAUUAAAAUGUCUGGUCGCGUUUCUAUUAGAUUAGCAUCUGAAAGGGUUAAUCAUAGUGUAGCAUCUAGCACAGAUUUGCCCAGGUUUUAUACGCCCGGUGAGGUUAUAACUGGCAUGCAAGAUUUUAUGCGUGGUCAUGGAACAUCAUCGGUUGGCGACAAUCUCGUGGCGUCAGUGGCUGGAGUCAUGCAAAAAGUCAACAAAUUGAUCUGUAUUCAGCCUAUUCGUAGCCGCUACGUGGGUGAGAUAGGCGAUGUAGUGGUCGGGAGAGUCGUCGAGGUCCAACAGAAGCGAUGGAAGGUGGAGACCAAUGCACGUUUGGACUCGAUAUUGCAGCUUUCGGCCGUAAAUCUACCUGGUGGGGAACUGCGCCGCAGGUCUGCAGAAGACGAGCAAAUGAUGAGGAAGCAUCUACAAGAAGGGGACCUGAUCAGUGCUGAAGUGCAGAAUGUCUUCCACGAUGGAUCCUUGUCCUUGCACACUAGGAGCUUGAAAUAUGGAAAGUUGCCCCAAGGAAUGCUGGUAAAAGUGUUCCCAUCUUUAAUAAAGCGGAGGAAAAACCAUUUCCACAAUUUGCCCUGUGGCAUAUCAAUGAUAAUUGGCAACAAUGGCUACAUAUGGCUUAGCCCACAGCGGCAGGACAUUAUGGCAGAGGAAAAUAAGGAAGAAAUACAGAAUUAUGAGACACAGCCCGUAAGCCUGGCAGACCGCGAGGCCAUGGCGCGCGUGAAGAACUGCAUCGCAGCGCUCGUGGCGUCGCAGGUGAUGCUGGACGACACCAGCAUCAACUUCGCGUACGAGGAGAGCCUCAAGUAUGAUGCUGUCAAAGACUUCCUCGCGCCCGAGGCUAUGCUGGACGUCGCCUUCCUCACGCAGCAUAGAAUUAAACAUCUAAUGGAUUCUUAUAAAAUGUUUCAUUUCAAUCCUCUUUUUGUACCAAGAGGUGCAAGCAAGCCUGCUUAA